AUGCCGGAACACGACCCCCAAGUCUUGUCCUACUCGCACCUCGCGCAGUUCCGCCGCGCAGAGGAGGCGCUGACCAUCCUCAAGAAGGUGGCCUCCCUUGUGAAGCCCAUCAUGCGGAACCGCGGGUGGAAGGUCAGGGAGCUGGCCGAGUUCUAUCCCAACGAGACAAACUUACUUGGGCUAAACGUCAACCGCGGCAUGAGGAUAUGCCUGCGGCUACGGUAUCCGCAGGACCAGAACCAGUUCCUCGCUACCGAGAGCAUCGUCGACACGAUGCUGCACGAGCUGUGCCACAUUGUCCAUGGGCCUCACGACGGCAGAUUCCACGCUCUGUGGGACCAGUUGCGCGAUGAGUGGCAAGGUCUCCUCUUCAAGGGAUACACAGGCGAAGGGUUCCUGUCCGAGGGCCAUCGGCUGGGAGGCAGGCAGGCGCUGCCGCUUCGCGAAGUGCAGCGGCUUGCCCGCUCUGCGGCGGAAAAGCGAAAGGCUCACGAGCAGUUGUCUCGCGGCUCAGGACGGAGGCUUGGCGGAGGGGAUGUAUCACGGCCGCCGAGGCCAGGUCGGAACCUACGCCAAGCGGCAGCUGCGGCGGCCGAGAAGCGCAACAAGGCCCUCCAGGGCUGCGCCACGGACAAGCUGAGCGACAGUGAGAUUCGCGCCAUCGCCGACAGCGCGUCCAGGAACGGAUUCCGCACGCAGGCGGAAGAGGAUGAGGCCAACGACCUUGCCAUUGCGCAGGCUCUGUGGGAGCUGGCUCAGGAAGACGAGAUGGCCAAUCUGGGGGGCGGUUCAUAUAUGAAUCCUUCGCCGGCGGAAAAGGUCAUGAAAGGAAACGGGAACACGGCAGUCUCCUUUGAUGGAAACCCGGGUAGCAGCAGCAGUAGCAGCAGCGGUACCAGAGGCAACACUACCGGCAACCAGAGAGCGGCGCCUACUACUUAUCAGCCAGAUGGCGAGCGGUUCUGGAUCUGUUCGAUAUGCACUCUGCACAACCCUCAGGAUUUCUUGUGCUGCGGUGCCUGCGAGGUGGAGCGCAGCGAGGCACCAUUACACGCGCCGGUGACGCCGAGACAGCCUGGGCCGAGGCCGGCUGUGAUUGACCUGACGAGCAGUCCGCCCAGGACGAAGACGAACCCUCGCGAGACACGGCGAACAACAGCUCAGCGCCCAGCAGCAGCGUCGGCUCCCCCACAGGCCAAGGCUUCAGGUCCAGCACCGGCACCUCCACCCACUUGGCGUUGCGAGUACUGCGGUACGGAGAUGGAGCGGCAGUGGUGGACCUGCUCUACCUGCGGGCAGAUGAAGUUUAACUCUCGAUAG